GAACCGAGGUGAAGGAGCACCCGAGGGAUUUAUACACGACGGAGGCCGAAUGCUUAUUUGCACAUUCUAGCGAACUCACCCGUCUCCUCUUCCCGGCGUCCCUCCUGCAACCGGUUUUAACCGGUUUCUGUGGGAAUGCUCACUUAGCACCUGUCUGCGUGGGCCUGACGAAACCUCGAUCUCGGGGCCGGGAAGAAAUCGACGGACAUCCGUCCAGCGGGUUUGUGGCCAGCGGUUGCAGCUCCUGUGAUGGAAGAAGAGGGAAGAUAGGAGGUUACGAAAAUGCCCCGGCGGAAGGCAGAUGCAGCCAGUUCAGGGAACGGCACGGGGGCAGCGCGCAAACGAGCAAGCACCGUCCGGGGGGCCCCGCUGGCCGCCAAGAAGAAGAACCGGAGCGGUGGGGGCAGCAGCAGCAGCAGCAGCAGCAACAACGGGGGCGGGGGCAGCAGCGGAGAGGAGCAGGACGGGUUGGUGUUGCCCCUACUCUCGGCCCCCGGAGGAAGCAAGAAGGCGCCCCGAACCGGAGGGCGAGAGCAACAGAACCCCCCCGGCUUGCAGUCACCCCAGGCCGCCGUGGUGGUCAACGAGCCAGAACACACCAAAGAGCGCAUUAAACUGGAAGGUUCGAAGUGUGCGGGACAGCUUUUGAUAUUUGGAGCCACCAACUGGGACUUGAUAGGCCGGAAGGAAGUCCCAAAACAGCAAGCUGCUUAUCGCAACCUUGGCCAGAACCUGUGGGGGCCGCACAGGUACGGAUGUCUCUCGGGAAUCCAAGUCCGGACGGUAAUUUCGGGCCCAUGUGCCGCUCAUAGCCUCUUCAUCACCGUGGAAGGGAAGCUGUGGAGCUGGGGACGCAACGACAAAGGACAGCUGGGCCACGGAGAUACCAAGCGGGUCGACGCCCCUAAGCCUAUAGAGGUCCUCAGCAGUGAGACGGUUGUAUCAGCCGCUUGUGGCCGCAACCACACACUGGCUCUCACAGAUAACGGAUCUGUUUUUGCUUUCGGAGAGAACAAGAUGGGGCAACUUGGAUUGGGGAACCAGACGGACGCCGUUCCUAGUCCUACGCAGAUCAUGUACAACGGCCAGCCGAUUACCAAGGUGGCUUGCGGGGCAGAGUUUAGCAUGAUUAUGGAUUGCAAAGGGAAUCUUUACUCGUUCGGUUGUCCUGAGUAUGGACAGCUAGGGCACAACUCUGACGGGAAAUUCAUCGCCCGAGCCCAGAGGAUAGAAUACGACUGCGAGCUGGUUCCCCGUCGCGUAGCCAUCUUUCUCGAGAAGACCAAAGAUGGCCAGAUCCUCCCGGUUCCAAAUAUCGUCGUGAGGGAUGUGGCGUGCGGCGCGAAUCACACGCUCAUCCUGGACUCGCAGAAACGUGUCUUCUCCUGGGGGUUUGGCGGUUACGGCCGAUUAGGACACGCGGAGCAGCGGGACGAGAUGGUGCCACGGUUAGUUAAACUUUUCGAUUUCCCCGGCCGUGGGGCUGCACAGAUCUACGCAGGAUACACCUGCUCUUUUGCGGUCAGCGAAACGGGAGGCCUGUUUUUCUGGGGAGCGACGAAUACUUCCCGAGAGUCAACGAUGUACCCCAAAACUGUGCAGGAUCUGUGCGGCUGGAAAAUCCGUAGUUUGUCCUGUGGGAAGAGCAGCAUCAUAGUAGCAGCGGAUGAGAGCACCAUCAGCUGGGGGCCGUCUCCUACCUUUGGAGAGCUGGGUUAUGGAGAUCACAAGCCGAAGUCAUCAACUGCAGCUCAGGAGGUGAAAACGCUGGACGGGAUUUACACGGAACAGGUAGCCAUGGGCUACGCGCACUCCUUGGCCAUUGCCCGCGACGAGAGCGAAGCCGAAAAGGAGAAAAUCAAGAAAUUGCCAGAAUACAACCCACGUACCCUCUGACCCGGGCACGGGACUCUUCCCUGAACCAGGCGAGCUGCCAAAUCCACCACGUUGGCGGUUGGCGAAGAGACUGCGGGGGGGCCCCCCCUCCGUGUGUUUUGUUAGACUUCUGAGAUUUCGGUUUUUAUACGCCAUUUGAAGUUUUUAACUAUCUGUUGCUAGGACUCUUCCGUGCCCUGCUCCCUCCACCGCAUCCUCUUCCCCCCAAGGUGGCUUGUUUGUAUUUUGUAUUUCUUAUUUUUUUUUUCCACUUUUUUUUUUUAUUUUUUUAUGGUGGUGGCGGUGGAGGUUAAAUUGAAGAAGUCCAUUCAUCCCUUUUCGGUUACCAUAAUCCGAUGGAAACUUCAGGAGCAUUUUGCCCGUUUGUUCUUCCCCUCUUAAACCUAUUUGGGACCAGUAAGCCAGCAUUGAAAGUUCGUUUUUUUUUUCCUACUGCAAAGAGUGGCCUAUGCUUUGUGUUUUGUCCCCGAAGAAAACGCUAUAGAUAUAUAUAUUUUUUAAUUUCUGUGCCUUUUUUGUAAUCUCCUUUGAUAUGAUUGGGCACCAGGCCUCUUGAAUUCAAGAGUUCCCACUGAUUUAACGUUGGAGGGCGAUUGUGCCGCCGUGUUUCUGUGUUGCCACGGGGGCUGAUUGGCAUUGUGUUCCUUUGCGAUGCGCAGCGUUGCUUUCUCACAACCUGGUGUGGUUGGGCAUCUGGGGAAAGGGGGGGGGAGUUGUAGGACAUUUUCCUUGAAAGUCACAGUUGUCCUGAGAUUAGGAAGGACCAUUGCUUGACCACAGGAGGGUGCUUCAAAUCUGGUUUAAGAACAAAUAAAAUGAACUUGUCGCCUUUGAAACAUAGCCGAAGGGAAAUUUCCUUUUCUUGGCUAAAUUGUGAUCCUGGUACUUAAGCUGGAAAAAAAAAACCCUUCUCUUAUUUAUCUUUUUCUCUUUAUUGGUUGGCAUCCACUUUGCUAGAAAGUGUAAGUUUUGAGUUCCUCUUUCAUAAGAGGAAUUUCUUUUAGAUCACUGAAUGACAGCUGACAGGUGGGUUCUCAGACUUGAUGCCUCAGGCCUCCUAAAACUUAAGAAUAUUUUGAGUCUGGGGAACGGCAUUCCUGCAGACCCCGCUUCUCCUGAAACCCUAAAAGGGAACCACUGUAUGAGAAAACUACAUCAGGUUUCCCAGAAAAACAGGAAAUGCAUUUCCAGCCUUGGGGGAAUUUUAAUUCGCAGCUGCUUUGGUCGACCAUUGGGUGUUUGUGGGAUGGAAAUUUUGUGCCUUGAAAGCUACACACUGCGUUGUUUUUUUUCCGGUUGGUUUAUUAACGAGGGACAGGGCACUUUCACCAUUGUUGGCGUCCCUCAAGGGUAGUUUUAGCCACCUUUUAACCUGCUGACUUUUGAGUUAGAACAAUCAACCAGAGGGGGGGGGAAAAAUUAACGGAAACCCAUCCCUGAUGGGGAAGGUUAGUUGGAAGGCAGAACCUGCUGGCUUGAUGCUAAAUUUGCAGAUGAGAAAAAUCGGGAUGUUGACUCUUCUUUGCACAGGUCUGUUUCAAAACGUUUUCUCCUCCUUUUCUCUCCCUGUUUUGGUACGUUCAGCCACGUUCGAUGCCCCCUUUACUCGUUUUAUUCGUUUUACCCGAUGUCCCUCUUCUUCGUUGGCUAAGUCAUUCGAACCCAUUAUGAGGGACGGACAGACGUUUUCCCCUUUCCACCAUCAUUGUAAGGUAACGGGGUGGUUAAUUUAUUUGCCAUGGGAGAGAAAGAAGAAAAAGAGGUACCGGUACUUCCAUUUUCACCAAAGAAACGGCUGUUUUUGUGCUGAGUUUUUUUUUUAAAAAAAUUGCUUUGGAACUGGUUGGCCUAAAAGGUUUUGUGUUUAAAACUGCUGACUUUUUUUCCUUCACCAAGAAGAAGGGCUCAGUGGGAGGAGAACCAAUUAAAGUUAAAUGAGAUGGGAAAAAGAUUUUAUCCUAGUCUUGUCAUCCUCUUUUGUUUUCCCCUUCACUUUUUUUUUUAUAUAUUUCU